AUGGCUCCGUCCCGAGACUUUGCAUCCCACCAGACUAGUGGCUUUAGCAGUUUACCAAGUUCUGUGCCAGUGCUCAUUGUGGGUGGAGGCCCGACUGGUUUAUUGCAGGCCCUCCUUCUCUCUCGACUCGGUGUUCAGUCAUUGAUCAUCGAACGUUAUCCCGAGCGUUUGGCUGCUCCAAAAGCUCACGCGAUCAACCCCCGGUCUUUGGAAAUCUUGCGUCAAUUUGAACUCGGCGAGAAGCGUGUGCGCCAGCUAGGCACUUCGCGAGAUGAUAGCUCUUCGGUCAAUUUUCUGACAAAUCUUUGCGAGGAAGCGAUCGGCAGCCUCCCGUAUGAGCGCAUGGAUCCUGCGGUCUUGGAUGACACGCCAGAGAUGAUUCAUAAUAUACCCCAACCAGCCCUAGAGCAAGAACUGUCCAAUUUUAUUGCAAAGGAUCCCAAUAUUACCUUGCUCAAGGGAUUCAGCAUUCAUGCCGUGGAACAAACUGAAAAUGAAGUCGUAGCGACAAUUGAGGAGCGGUCAACUGGACAAUUCCAUCAAACAAAGACCCGUCACCUCAUAGCUUGUGACGGUCGUAGAAGCAAGGUCCGUGAGCUUCUCGGUAUUGAGUCUGAGAGCGAAGACUCGGAUCAGACAAUGAUGACCAUUCAUUUCAAUGCCAAUCUGCGACCUGUCGUUGGUGACCGUCUCGGUAUGCUGUACUGGAUAAUGGACCCUAUAGCUGCGGGGUUUAUCAUCGGCUAUGAUCUCGAUGGGAUCCAGGUGCAUAUCAGCCAGGUAGACGUUGAAGAGCACCCGGUUGAGUCGUGGACAGAAGAUAUGUGCAGGGCCAAGAUUCGCAGUGCUAUCGGUAAAGAUGAUGUUCAGUUUGAUAUCCUGAGCUAUCGCCCUUGGGUCUUCCGUCGCCAGGUUGCUUUCACGUUCCAGAAGGGGAAUAUUUUCUUGGCUGGAGAUGCUGCUCACUCGUUCCCCCCAACUGAUUGCCUUGGUUCACCGGGGGUGGCAACGUCAUCUAUACUUUCGACAUACACUGCCGAACGACGAGGUGUUGCGGAUUCCUAUUCCAAGCAGAGUGUUAAGAACGGCAAGGAGAUAUUUGCACUGCUGCAGAGUCUCAAAACCGCGGGUGUUGAAGAUGUUGUACAAGCGCGAAAUAAUAUGAUGGCGGCGCUGGCAGAUCCGGCCCAACUCAAACGGGUCAAGGCCGGUAUUGAAGGACAAAGGGAGCAUUUCGAUAAUCUGGAGCUUCAUAUUGGAUAUGUAUAUGGGGCUACCAAGCCACCUCCUCAUGCUUCCCAUUAUUCUCCUCGAUUUGUGCCCGGGGCGCGCUUGCCUCAUGCUUGGAUCAGCUUCCCAGAUCAGCUCUCCCGGGAGACAGAGGCAGCCAAACGCUCUUCACUGCCUCAGGAGUCAGUCGAUGUGUCCUAUGUCAAAGAGUUUAAGGUAGAUCAGGUUCGGGCUUGUCGGUGGAGUACCCUGGAUCUCUGUGGCCCUGACUCUUGGACCUUGAUUUUGGGGCAGGAGCAGCAAACCCCCAACAUUACCCUUCUGCAGAAGCACUGUACAAUGAUCGGCGUACUUCUUAAUACCUGGCGCCUCGGAGUUGACUUCGAAAUCGUCAGGCAGAGUUGGUUUGCUGAUGAAUUGGUCCAUGGUGGAGGGGUUCUGGUUCGCCCUGAUCAACACAUCCUAGCAAGGGUCAUUGCUGAGACAGAUGGAGAAGACGUGAUUGCGGAGAUGAACAAACAUCUUGGGAUUUAA